AUGGAACUAGAUUUGAUACAGGAUGCGUUUGAUCGAGUUUCUAAGAAACAGAAGCUUUCUUCUUCUAAGACGCAGGAACUAGUCCGCCAAAUUGAGCACGAGAUUGAACAGGCAAUCACGAAGAUGCAGUCGACUGAGAAUGCUACCAGUUGCCCGGAACUGAAACAAAUACUGGCUGAUCUGAAGAAUAAACUCAAUGAGUUUUCCCCAAUGAACCAACUGGAAACUCUUCAAAAGGAUCUGAACAUCACACUUGGUAAAUACGUCAAAGUGACUGAGAAAAGUUUCAAUCCGGACAUAUCUAAAGCCUAUCGAAAUGUCGACUUUGAUCCCCAUAUAGUAAAUCAGAUUAUUGCGAGCCACUUCUAUAGGCAGGGAUUAUUUGAUCUGGGAGACUGCUUUAUUAGCGAGGCAAAUGAACCAGAAGCUGCAGCCCUGAAAACUCCUUUCCUUGAAAUGUAUGGGAUACUCGAGUCAAUGAGGCGCAGAAACCUCGAACUCGCUCUUAAUUGGGCUUCCAGCCAUAGCGAAUGGCUAGCACAGAACGGAUCCAAUCUCGAACUGAAGCUUCAUCAGCUGCAGUUUGUGGAGAUACUGCAGAAUGACAGCGUACAGAAUGCACUUAGUUAUGUCAGGAAGCAUUUGGCUCCGAAUGCGUCGGCACACAAGGUCGAGAUCCCAAAGCUGAUGGGCUGUCUAGUAUGGUCCGGGAAGCUCCACAAAUCCCCUUAUGCAGACCUAUUAUCUCCAAACCAUUGGGAGAAAUUGGCCGACGAAUUCAUGCAGCAAUUUUGUAGUUGUUUGGGUCAGUCCUAUCAAAGUCCACUUAGCAUAGCAAUCGCAGCAGGCAUCCAUGGACUUCCAACACUUCUGAAGCUCGAAAGCGUGAUGGCAGUCAAGAAACAGGAGUGGCAGGCAAUGAAGCAGCUCCCAGUUCCUAUCGACCUCAGCAAAGACUUUCAGUUUCACUCUAUCUUCGUUUGCCCAGUGCUAAGGGAACAAGGAAGCGACGAAAACCCUCCAAUGCUGAUGCCUUGCGGUCACGUUCUCUCCAAGCAAUCGAUCGUGAAGCUCUCAAAGAGCAGCACGCGGCCUUUCAAAUGCCCUUACUGCCCACUGGAGGCAAGUGUGGCACAAUGCAGGCAACUACACUUCUAG